AUGACAUAAAGCAGAACAUCUAAUCAACUUGCUAUGAAUUUUAAUAAACAUUUCAAAUUUUGUUAACAAUUUAUUAUUGGAAAUUCUUCAAAUCAAUAAGAUAAUAAUUAUUAGAUUCUCAGCCUUUAAGAACUUUAAUACUCCAAUAUAUUCCCCUUAUAUAUAUUGCAUUUUUUCCAAAUUUCAAGCAUAAUUAUUCUAACUUAAAAGUCUUAAAUCUCCCAUCUUUUGAUAUUUACUUAUAUAGAAUUUUAGAAUGAAUUGAUUUUGAAUAACAUAUUAUUAUUAAUGCAAAGAAUUAUGAUUGAAAAUUUCUCUUAAUUGAAAUUACAAAAAAUUUUGUUAUAGUUUUUGCCAUUUUAAUUCACAGGUGUAAAUUCGAGUAAGUUGAACUUAGAUUUUGAUCGAGGUUUAUUGCGACUAUCACUUUAAUUGGUACUACCUAAACCUAGUUUGAACUUUUAAAAAGCUGAUAUGAAUAAAAACUUUUAAUUAAAUUUUCAUUUUUGUUUUAACAAUAACUCUUUAUGUGAGUAAGAAUUAAUUGCUUAUUGA